GUGACCCCGAAAGACUGUCACGAACUACUCCUUGAGAUCAUGCGAUGGACCGACCCAAGCUCUAAACAUAAGGAGACCGCUCUUCGCUUGGCUGCUGAUGCUGAGGAUGGUGAUAAACUCGGAGCAUUGUACGCGCUCCUGGAUUUCGAUACCCGCCUUGCAGGACCACCAGAUAAUACAUUCCAGUGUGCACUAGAAGACGGGAAAAUCAAUGUGGUGAACGCAUUCUUUAAAUACGAAAAACUGAGAGAGCAGUUCGCCACAAGCAAGAACGUUGUUCAAGCCAUGGGUCGCGUGAAAAAGGGGUCAUUAAAGCAGAAAAAGCAGGAACCCGGUCGUCUCAAAAAACGACCAACAAAUCUGGAGUCCGACAACGAUUCUUAUCAGCAGAUUGUACGCAGUUUGAUCGGUUGUACCACAACAUUUGAUGAGCAAGUUGUUGAGAAGAUAAUUGAGCUUGACUUAGAAGAAGCUUGGGAAAAGCUACCAGUCGACAUGAAAAAGCAUGAGACCCCAAAAACGCGAGGGCUUCUUCACCUUGCAGUUCGACACCAAAACCUCGGUUUCGUAGAGAAGUUCCUACGGCUUUACCCGAACUCCGUCACCUUCCAAGCCGAUUUGCCUGCCGCUGAAAGAGGUAGCGCGCAAAGAGAGUCAUGCUAUCCAUUGUGGCAUAACAACAAGGCCAUCGUAAAUUCAGAAGUAAAGGAUAGAAACACGGAAGACAGCCCGGACAAAAUCAAAAUCCGCAAUGCGAUAGUUACUGCCACAAUUAAGGGGGUGGGGAAAAUGCAAAGGUUGUCAGAAAUAUUCCAAGAUUCCAAUGAAGUCGUUAACGAGCUAUGCUUUGAUCUCUCGCGAUUUAACUCAAAGGUGUAUCCAAUAUCGGAUUUCGUUCACUCUUUGAUCAACCACCGAGAAAACCCGGGCCUGUUAUCUUACGAACAUACCCUGAAAUAUGCCGACUUCCCAGCGUUAGACUUGGGACCUGACAAAGAGACACCCGGCAACAGUGUUCGUGUUGAACAUAAGGAAGUCUUCGGCAUCCUCGAUUGGUUACGAGACAAAGGGGUUUACGAAAUAAUCGAGCUUAUAGUGCCAGAUAGGCUAGUAAACCCACAUAAUGAGGUAGAGAUUGCAAAGUAUGUCAAAGACUUCAAAGUUGAGAACCUCAACUGGAGAAUUUUAGACAUGUCUAUAUCGGUUUUUCAGGACGAAGAGACUAAGGAAAGAAUCGAAUACCUCCACCUAUACUCAAGUGGGAAGCGAGCAGUUAUUAGCCAUUGGCUAAGCAACGAAGGAGUCGCAUCUCUUAAAAAUCUGAAAACUCUCGAUAUUUACGUCAUACAGGAACUGAUGACGAGGCAAGAGUGUUACGAUACCCUUGCUUAUAUUCGUCGCGAAUUUAAGAAGGCAAAGAGUGCUCAAGAUAUCGAUAUCAAUAUAACCGCUCAGCCAUGGAAUCCAACCCAUGAAAGAUUGGCUGACUUGGAAGAGAUAGCCGAAAGGGCUUUCCCGAAACUAUCGCGUUUCAUUAGAAGCUAUUGUAAGCAUACGGAAGACUACGAUACCGGAAAACGACCAUUCCGCCCAAUAAAAGUGGCCAUCAUCGAUAACGGCAUAUUGAGCAUCGCUCCCGGUUCUGAAGUUCUUUGGGGCGGUUCUAAGACUUAUCAACGGUCAGACAACUAUUCAGGCUCCUCCGAAACCCAGUACAUAAAACAAGAAAGUCCAGAUGACUCUAAAAGCGAUGGCAAAUUCUCAGAUUUGAAAGGCCACCGCGGGAAUCAAAAAACCCUUUGGUCACGUGUUAAAGGGGGUAAGUCUUUCGUAGAUGAAGGGUCUCGGGUUGGUCCGUGGCUAUUCGCAUCCGACCCGCAUGGAACGCAGAUGGCAAAUAUCAUUUGUGCGAUCGAUCCACUAUGCGAACUCUACGUAGCGAAAGUUACAGAAGGUAGAUACGGUGUCACUCCCUCGAGAGUUGCAAGGGCAAUCCGGUGGGCGAUACUUCAAAAAGUGGAUAUCAUCUCCAUGAGCUUCGCGACAUUAGACAAUAACCCUGACCUAGAGCGAGCCUGUAACGACGCGGACGCAGCAGGGAUUGUGAUGCUAUGCAGCACACAUGACGAAGGAGCGAAAAUUAAAGACGCUUAUCCAGCAAGUUUCCCGUCAACAAUUUCUAUCACUGCUUGCGAUGAAUUUGGUUCGCCGCUUCGAAAUAGCCAACAAAAGUACGACUAUGGAAUUUUAGGUCAAGAUGUGGCCGCAGGCGUAGUCCCGUUUCUUGAGUCUGAUGAUCGUAUAUCUGGCAGUUCUGUUGCCACAGCUAUUGCUGCCGGACUUAGCUCACUGAUCUUAUCUUGCGAUAGAAUCGCUCACCCGGACGGCACGUACGAAGUAUCUCCCAGGAAGGCUAUUGUAAAGCAUCAUCUACGCCAAAUGUUGGCCACGGACGACCAAUACAUAUUGCUGGAGAAGUUCGGGCGCAUUGAUCUUAAACUGAAAGAUGGUCUCAAUAUUGUUGCCGAGGAGAUCAUAAACAAUGUGUUCAAAAAGGCAACUUACAACACCUAGUGUUUACAUGCUAUAAGGGUAUAUUCGCAACAGAUAUGAUCGGGAAGGAACUAAUCGAUGUAUUCUCUCAUUACUUACCCCUGGAUUCCCCGGUCGGCAUUGGGGUAUUUAGAUAAAUACUCUUUGACUUUUCAUAUAUAGCUUCGAUCUAUUAUUAUCCAUUGCAAUUCACCCA